AUGGCCGCGACCUUUACCAGACUGUCGGCGAUAACAUCACGUCGCACUGCCAAGGACGAGGAAACGGAUCUCCAAGCGUUCCGCGACAACCGGAUCAGAGGCGCGUACGAUGAAUGGCCCAACGAAGCCGGUUUUGACGGGUUGACCGAAGAGCGCGGCCCUAUCGAGCUCAGUAUCCAAGGCGAGAUUCCCGCAUGGGCAGCCGGCGCCCUCUACCGCACGGGACCAGGUAGCUGCAAGAUCGAGGACACGCCCAAGGGGACGUACUACAUCUCCCACUGGUUCGACGGCCUCGCGCACACGCACAAGUUCGACAUCGUUCCCCGAGAAGACGACGACAGCCGGCAGGGCAGCAGCCCGACUCGCGUGAUGUACUCCUCGAGACGGCAGUGCGACCAGCUGGUCCAAGAUAUCCAGGCGUUGGGCCCUCAGAAUCGCUUCACCUUUGGCCAGCGGCGCGACCCAUGUGUGGGCAUGUUUGGCAAGAUCAUGAGUGUCUUUUCCCGGGGCACCGCGCCCAACAUCUGCGUCGCCGUCAACGCAAACGUCCCCGGCUUGACCCCCACCACCCCUGGAGCCACCGAUCAGGGUCCCGCCGGCCCGGGGCACCGCAACGGCGUCCGCAGUAUCUGGCUUUCCACCGACGCGAACCCCCUCCUCGAGAUUAACGCAGAAACCCUAGAGCCUGUGGGCACCGCGCGGCAAACCAAGCUUCACCCGGACCUGACGGGCCCCAUGUCGUGCGCUCACGCCCAGCGAGACCCUGAGACGGGCGACAUGUUCAACUUCAACCUUGCCUUCGGCAGGCUGGCCACGUACCGCAUCUUCCGUGUCAGCGCCGCGACCGGCAAGACAGAGAUCCUAGCAUCAAUCUCCGAGGCCGAGGGGAAGCCCGCCUACAUCCACAGCUUCUUCCUCUCCAAGAGCUUCGUCGUGCUCUGCAUCCCCGUGACGCAUCUCGGCUACAACGGCCUCAAAGUUCCUUGGGAGCGCAACAUCCUCGACUCCAUCGAGCCAUUCGACGCCAGCAAGCGGUGCCGGUGGUACUUUGUCGACCGCCUCCACAACAAGGGCGUUGUCGCCACCUUCGAGACCCCGGCCGGUUUCUUCUUCCACUCCACCAAUGCAUUUGAGGAAGCGGCAGAUGACGGAUCAGGGGUCGAUGUGUUUUGCGAAGCGGCCUACUACCAGAACCUCAACAUCCUCCAGAACCUGUACUACGAUGUCCUGCUCAACAGGAACGACGCCGCCAACAAGUUCUGGACGGCAGGCGAUCGGAUGCAGAACGGAUACGCGAGUCUCCGGCGGUACAGGUUCAGGAUACCAAACGACACCCAUACCAAGACGGCAGCACCACCCACGGAGCCCGAGCUGGUUCUGUCCGUCCCCGCCCCGCACGCCGGCGAGCUGCCGACGAUUAACCCGGCCUACCUCACCCGCCGCCACCGCUACGUCUACAGCCUCUCGGACCGCGGCCUCAGCACCCUCCUCGACACCAUCGUCAAGACGGACGCCGACACGCGUGAGGCGCUCAUGUGGGAGUGCCCGCACGCCCACACGCCCGGCGAGCCCAUCUUCGUGCCUCGGCCUUCGAGCAACGGCGAGGCGUCGGCUGAGGACGACGGCGUCAUCCUCAGCGUCGUGUUGGACGGCACGACGCAAACGAGCUACCUCCUCUGCCUGGACGCCACGACGAUGACGGAGCUCGGCCGGGCCGAGUGCGACUUUGCCGUGGGCCUGGGCUUCCAUGGCAUCCAUGCGCCUUCGACCUCGGGUAUGAACUGA